CUUACCAUUCACUUCACUUUUCCUUCUUUCUACUCAUAUUCCUAUGGGUUCCCAAACCCAGCAGCCUCACUUUGUGCUGUUCCCUUCCAUGGCCCAAGGCCACUUGAUCCCCAUGGUAGAUAUCGGUCGAUUGUUAGCGCAGCGUAACGUGAUUGUUACUAUAGUUACGACACCUCAUAAUGCAAGCAGAGUCCAGAAAACAAUUGAUCGAGCUGUUGAAUCAGGCCGCGCUAUCCGUUUAGUGCAGCUCCGGUUUCCAGGCAAAGAAGCAGGGUUACCAGACGGGGUUGAGAAUAUAGACAUGAUAUCUUCAAUGGAGGACUUGUUCAAAUUCUUCACUGCAGCAAACAGUAUGGACGAAGCAGUGCAGGAAUUAUUUGAGAAGCUAACACCACGCCCCAUUUGUAUUAUUUCGGACAUGUUUCUGCAUUACACCCUCAAAAUUGCUACCAAGUUUCAGGUCCCAAGGAUAUCGUUUCAUGGAAUUUGCUGCUUCUGUUAUCUUUGUGUGCACAAUCUGAAGUCCUCCAAGAUACUAGACAACGUAACAUCUGAUUACGAAUGCUUCAAGGUGCCAGGCUUGGCUGAAAAGGUCGAAUUUACUAAACCCCAGUUGCCGCUUAACCUUGAUGAAUCCUGGAAGGACGUUUUUGAUACAACAACAAAAGCUGACGAAGCAUCAUAUGGGGUUGUCAUAAAUAGUUUCGAAGAGCUGGAAUCACCAUACGUCAAAGAGUACAGGAAGAUAACAAAAGCUUGGUGCAUUGGUCCAGUUUCUCUGAGCCACAAAAAUGAGUUGGAUAAGGCUGAAAGAGGUAAGAAGGCUUCAAUCAAUGAGCAGCAGUAUUUGAAGUGGCUUGAUUCUCAGGAACCCAACUCUGUAAUUUAUGCUUGUCUUGGGAGCAUGAGCACUAUGAAAUCUCCCGAACUGAUAGAGUUGGGUUUGGGCUUGGAGGCCUCGAACAAGGCAUUCAUUUGGAUCUUAAGAGGAAAUAAUGAUGCGUCGAACCAGGUGAUGAAGUGGAUUGAAGAGGAUGGAUUUGAGGAAAGAAUAAAAGGGAGAGGAUUUGUAGUUGUGGGAUGGGCUCCCCAAGUGCUCAUUUUAUCACAUCCUGCAAUAGGAGGGUUCCUAACUCAUUGUGGAUGGAACUCAACAAUCGAAGGCAUUUCUGCUGGCGUUCCAUUAUUAACAUUGCCACUUUUUGCAGACCAGUUUACCAAUGAGAGACUUGUAGUACAAAUACUAAAAAUCGGAGUGAGCGUUGGGGCCAAUGAACCUACGGCCUGGGGAGAUGAAAAAUCUGGGUUCAUGUUGAAGAAAGAACAUGUUAAAAACGCAAUAGACCAAUUGAUGAACGAAGGAAAUGAAGGAAUAGAGAGAAGAAAACGAGCAAAAGUGUUUGGAGAGAAGGCAAAUAAAGCUGUUGAAGUAGGUGGAUCUUCUUAUCUUAAUAUGACACUAUUAAUCCAAGAUAUAAUCCAACAAUCUUCAAAGAUGGGUGUGGAUAUGAUUCCAACCUCACAUCGCCAUGAGAACUAAGGAGAUAUAAUAAGAGCGAGGCUCUAUCUAAUAAGAAAAUCGAGAUAACGUCAAAGAGUGAUUUAUUCGGUUGAUGUAGUUUUUUUGUUGUUGUUUUUUUGUGUUUCGUAUUAUUAUCAGUCUGUGUCUUGUAUCCACAAUUUGGUUUAAUGAAAUAAUUACGGUACGUUUUUCAA